UGCAAGACAGAGCGUGAAUCGUGAUCAUAUUUCUUUUGAGUUGUUUACCUGGGGUUGUAUAAUUUCUUUCAUAUGGGUGUAUUUUUUUGUUAUUGACUGAACUGAGUGAAUUUUAAUUGUAGGAAUACAUGCACACACAAACACAUAUAUAUGAUUCACUAUCUCCAGAAGCUUUUGAAUUCGAAUUAUUAUUAUUUUUUUAAAAUUGUAACCGUAAUUUUUGAAUCUUUCUUCUUUUGCAUCAUGUGACUAGGUUGAGAAAACAUAAAAUAUGAUUGCCAUAUUUCCCAAGAUAUAUUUAUUUCACAGGAUGGCUUCCUACCACCAAUGGCACAUAUGAGCCAGUGUUGUGGCCAUUGUUAACCACGUGAAUGAAGACCCGUUGGCACCUUGGCGUUCUCUGCACCAAUCCCCUACUGAAUUGGAACACCUCACCCCUGGCUUUCUCUGAAGUCUUUAUCCAUCAAAGUAGGAAGCAUGCUUUGCCGUUGUCGUUCACCAAACAAGUAUAAGAGAUUGGAUGCGAAGCUCGAAAGGAAAAUGGUUGAGGCCAAAAAAGGCUCCUCAGGACAUCAUAAUUUCAAGUCAAUUGACAGCAUAAUUAUGGAGUUUCCUCAGCUUAGAGAUGGUUUGAAAAAUAUAAGAGCUGUGUUUGAACAGUAUGAUGAAGACUCUAGUGGAACUAUUGACAGAGAUGAGCUAAAUAAAUGCUUACAGAAACUGCAACUCCAUCUGAUGGAGGAGGAGGUUGAGGAUCUUUUCCAUUCAUGCGACAUUGAUGGCAGUGAAGGGAUACAAUUCAACGAGUUUAUUGUUCUUCUUUGUCUUAUCUAUCUCCUGAAGGGGCCUUCUUCCUCCCAUACUACAUCGAGGUUGGGCUCACCACAGCUUGAAGUAACUUUUGAUACCAUAAUUGAAGUAUUCUUGUUUCUCGAUAAGAAUGGAGAUGGAAAGCUGAAUAAGAGUGACAUGGUCAAGGCAUUUAAUGACCCCUCUCCUCGGGAGAAAUCUCCUUCACACAUAGCCCGGACACGAUUCAAAGAAAUGGACUGGGACAAGAAUGGGAAGGUCAGUUUCAGGGAGUUCCUCUUUGCUUUCAUCAAUUGGGUUGGGAUUGACACGGAUGAAGAAGUGCCUCAUACAGGAACUUAAACAAAAAGAGGACAGGUUGAAAUUAACAGGAUGUAAAGACUGAUGAGGUCAGAUUUCAUUUGCGUAUAUUCCUAAAGCCUCUCAAAUAUGUAAAGACUUAAAUAUUGUCUCUAGUAUUCAUCAUUUAAGAUUUCUUCUUAGGUGUUUGAACUUUAUGCCGUUUUAGGUGUUCCCUUAUUGUCUAAAU